AUGUCGGAUUCCGAGAACACGAGUUCUUUGGAUGGUCGCUUGUCACCUGACCCCGUGGUUAUCUCGGAUCCUGUUGCUACCCAAGUGCCGACUUUGACUACACAUGUUUCUCCUACACCAACGCCACCUGCCGACACCAAAUUGAAGCGACGUCAGCCCCAAAAAAGAGGUAAAAAGUUCAAGACACCCAUUCCGGCUACCGGAGAACUUCAAACUUUCCUCGAUUACGGCUGCACCGUCGAUUCACAAGGAUAUCCAACCUAUCCGAACGGCGAGACCGUCUUUGUGCAAGAGCCUGGUGCUGAUGUCGUUAACUUUGGACAUAUAGCUUUUACUCAUACUCAGAAGUCUCGUGGGUCUAAGAAAGGGGAUUGGAAAACGAUUUGGUACACCUGUCUUGGGGUGUUACAGUGCAAUGACGAUUUCUGCGUCUAUGCUGGGCCACCUCCUACCGCCAAAGGAAAAGCAGCCAAACAUAUCAUUCAGUACCCUGUCUGCCCCGCGGUCGAGUGCAGUGUAGAUGUUGAGAAGUCCACCGGUUGGGCAGUACUUCGCCACUCGGGAACCCACAACCACCCUUGGCCAGCUUCAAAGAAGGCCGAUCCAAUGGCCAUGAAGGAGCUCACCGAGGAGCUAGUGAAGAAUCCAAAGGCUGGUCCUUUGGUUCUCAAGGUUGGUCAAGCUGGAGCGGGGCAAACCAUCACCCCACCAGUUGUCAACAUUCACCCGGCGUUCUCGAAUGGAGGGCGACUCGGUUACCUACGACGUAAGGUGUUAGUUGAGAAAGGCCUGAUGCCGGAGAAGGAAAGCAAGGGCGGCGGCGAUCGAUUGAUAAUGGACCUCAUGCACUGGGGCAGGAACGGCCUGCGCCUGAUCUCGACCUCUCUCCUUGGCGAAGACGUCCACAUUACGUUUCAGACGGAGUGGAUGGCCGAGCAGCUUGUGCGCCGUGACCAAAACGCAAAGAUCUAUUCGGGCGGCCUUCUCAGCGAUGUCACCUAUCGCUUCUUUCACAACGGAUAUCUCCUCACGACUUCGAUGUACAGCAAUGUCAUGCACCGUUGGAUCCCCAUCCAGCUGACGUGGAUCAAAUCAACGAUGCUGAUCUUACAUUCCACGAAAGAGACCUCUUAA